GCCAGCCUCCCCAAAAACACACGAGCGCAUACGUCCGCGUGCAGAGCUUGGUACCUUAUAGAGACUGCGAGGUGUCCUAUACCGAGACUUCACGGUGGAUUUCAAGGAGCAGGACCACUACUGAGCCGCCCAGAGCCAUGGAAGAACUUACGGCAUUCGUGUCGAAAUCUUUCGAUCAGAAAAACAAGGAGAGCAGCAAAGAGAGUAUCACGUACAGGGAAGUUUUGGAGAGCGGCUUGACGAGGGCGCGCGAGCUGGGCAGCCCCGAGACCAACCUGCAGGACAUAACGGAGGGCUGCCCGGUGCAUCUGUUCAAGGACCAUGUCGAGCUGGAAAAGGAGAAACUCAAGGACUUUAAUGUUUCCAGGGCGACAGAGGGGAUAUACGAGUGUAAGGAGAAGAAGGAGGACGUGAAGUCUGAGGACGAGGACGCGCAGGGCAAACUGAAGCAGCGGAGGAGUCGCACCAACUUCACGUUGGAGCAGCUGAACGAGCUGGAGCGGUUGUUCGACGAGACGCACUAUCCGGACGCGUUCAUGAGAGAGGAGCUGAGCCAGCGGCUGGGACUGUCCGAGGCCAGGGUGCAGGUCUGGUUCCAGAACAGAAGAGCAAAAUGUCGAAAACAAGAAAACCAGAUGCACAAAGACAUCUUUCCCUUCUCUCCAGGUGUUAUUCUGGGCUCCGGCAGUCACCUCGACGCGUGCAGAGUAGCACCCUAUGUCAACAUGGGCGCCCUGCGGAUGCCCUUCCAACAGGUCCAAGCUCAGCUCCAGUUGGACGGCGUCACCCACUCCCACCCCCAUCUGCACCCUCACCUGGCCGCUCACGCUCCCUACCUGAUGUUCCCGCCCCCUCCCUUCGGACUUCCAAUCGCGUCCCUCGCCGACUCGGCCUCUGCGGCGGCGGCGGUGGCGGCGGCUGCCAAAAGCAACAGCAAGAACUCGAGCAUCGCCGACCUGCGACUCAAGGCGGGACUUCUGCGGGGCCAGUGGCUCAGUCCACUCCAGGCACAGAUCACAUCCCAAGGACCGUACAAACACAUGUGGAUGUCUGUCUGAGGGCCGGGUCAGACAGAGCAGAACAAAGCAAACGGGCAGGCAGCAGCAGCAAGCCUCCCCUCGCUUGUUGACAGCGCAAAGGGGCUUGAGCAUUUUGUGGACUCUGGAAGGCUUUGGGACGACUCACAUUUACACCCUCUUUUUCCCUCUCUCUGCCCCCCCUCACCACCUUCUAAAUCAAAGAAAAAGAAACAUUAAAUAGCGGCCAUAUUUGUCUCCAACCACUGUGCUCCCUGCUGCUGUCGAGCGCUGCAGGAGGACCACACCGGACAUAAACAGCUGUUUUUAACACUGCCAUCCUCCAUGCCCACAAGAUCUCCUCCCCUGCUACAUGAAGUUUCUUCUUCUGGACAAACAAAAGCAACAACUUUAUUGUUCCUUUGCUGCAGAAUGGAGAAAUGUUCUCCCCCUCUCUUAUUCUCUCUCUCUGUCUUUAUUUCUUCCUCUUUUUGUGUUGUAUCCCGGGUAAAGAAGUGAAGAUAGCCUUUGCACUUCAGGGUCUUGUACGUGGGUGUUUACAAAUGGCACUACAAGCAGAUACUACUUUACUAAUUAAAAAAAAAACGGGGUACAGGGGCAGGGUUUGAUAUUGUUAUGUGAUCCGCUAAAAAGGACAUUAUCUUGGAUAAAGGGUAUAAAAAGUGUUUUGUUUUUUCUCUCUUUUCUUAUUUUGUAAUUCUGAAAAUAUGAAGAAAGCAUCAGUCAAACUGAAAUGCAAUGGUGUGCAGUUUAAGUGCAAUACUGUAAAUAUUAAAAAAGUAAAAACAAACAAACAGCUAGCAGUUAAUCUUAAACGAUAAGAGACCCAAUGAUUUUUCAUUUGUUUUUCAUGCACUGUUGAGUGUUGAAGAAUUUCUUUGCCAAAUGCCAGAUUUUCUACAGCAGUGUGUUUUAUUGCGUAAGUCACUCUUAAUACAAGGUGCCAAAUCCUGCAGAACACCGGUGUAUUCAAGCAGUUUUGUGUACAUCAGGUUGAGGAAAAGGAGCACAUUUUACACUUGGGUUUGAAAUAAAAAUCAGCAUUAUAAUCCAAAAUUUCGCAGCUUAAUUCUGCAUGUUAAAUGUGACUUUUUAUCAUUAAUUUCAAACUAAUUCUGUAUUUUACAAAUUUAUCAAAACAAAACCAAAACAUUUGGAUUAUUUUGGAGUUAGAGGAAUAUUUUUAAACCCCCGUUUUUAACACUGCUGUCAGAGCUGCGCCACACAUGUCGAUCUGUUUCAGAUCACUGUACCUCUAACAGUCUCCAAACCAAGCAUUUUCUGUGUUACCAGACCUCCAUUUAGAACCGUUUAUCUAUGUCUCCAUUUUAAAUUAAACAUAUUGGUGUUUUAUUUAUUAUUAUUUUGUCUGAAAGUCUAUGAAAGAUGAAAUAGUUGAACUACAAGUGUACAUUUUUACAUGGCUUUGCAUUUAUUUUUGUAUGUUUUUUUUUAAGUGUUAAAUUUGAAUUAGGAGGUGUGGCUGUAGUGCUUCGUUUGCCUAAAAAGGUUUUAAAAAAUGUAGCGUGUCCGAGUUUACAAACAUUUCAGGGAUGGUUGAUUUGAAACGAUACUCCAUGAAAUUUGUUGUACCCAUGAAAAUGACUCAUUUCAUAUGCAAGCAUGCCUAAACAUGAAUCAUCGUACGGUUUGUUUU